AUGCACGUUUUUGAGGUUAAUGGAAUAGUCAUUUCUUGUAAUGAACCUGGUAAUAAUUGUUAUGUAGAUGUUUCAUUUGAUUCAGAAGUGGAUCAAGAUCUUUACAAUUUACUUUCACCUGAUCAAAAAAAGACAUAUAAUGAUAUUUUAAAUAAUACUAUGAAUGACUAUCGAAGAAGACGUACAGAAUUAAACAAUUUUUUUAACAAUGAAAUUCAAUACAGUAAAAUUCUUAGUGCAAAAAUAAAUAAGAAAGUUGAAGAUCAACUUGAAAAAAGUGGAAUUUAUGAUCCAUGUUUUCCUUAUUGUAAACAAAAAAUAGAACAAUUGAAGGAUUUACCUAAUAACAUUAAUAGACAAGUUCAUGAAAAUCUUAGAAAAAGUGGAAUAUACGAAGAAUGUUUUCCUUUUUGUAACAAAAAUGGAAAUCAAUAUAAGCGUUUUUUUGAAAACACUCGUAAUAACGUUCAUCAAGAACUCAAAAGAAGUGGAAUAUAUGAUCCAUGUUUUCCAUUUUGUAAUAAUUCUAAAUUUAAAAAUUCUAAAUUCUAA